GGAGCAACCUGUUGUGGCAAUGGCUAUUGUGAUGGGGAUAAUCCUGCUUGUUGUGAUGAUGGAUGUAUGCCUCAAGGAGCAACCUGUUGUGGUGACAAUGCUCACUAUUGUAAAGAGGAUUUGCCUGUUUGUUGUGGCUUUAUCUGUAUACCUCAA